AUGCGAACGUCGAACUGUGGUGAAGGAGCGGCGACGUGUGUUGCAUGUCUGGCGAAGCGAGACCCGUUUUGUGGUUGGUGUGUGAAGAACAGCAUCUGUACCGAAGAGGACACUUGCGAGCGAGUUUUGCCGAAGACAAGCAGCGGUUGGCUGGAUUUCCAAAACAAUCGUUGUCCGAACAUCAGAGGAGUGGUACCGGAUAAGAUCCAGAUUACUACUGCCGAUUUCCUCAAU